GAAGGAGGACUCCAGCAGCGCAGGGCUUUCUCCGGCCUCCCCCACUCCUGUGCUCGUGCUCCGGCCUUUGCUUACGCCAUAAUGCCAGCAACAAGACGGCGCUGCGGGUAAACGAGGCGGUCCCUCGUCCCUGACACCAACAGCGCCGAGCACCAGGCAAAGACCAUCUGAGCCAGCACAGCCCGGGGAAACUCACUCCUCUUUAUUUGAAGCUACGUUCCUUUUCCAGUAUCUAGUAAACACUAAUGUUGCAGAAGGUGUAUGGCACGUAAAACAAAUUCUUGAGUGUCUUCAGAAAGGAAGCCUGCACGAUUCAACCAAAAACACCUUGGGGAGAAGGGAUGGAGACCUUGGAUGAGUUUGACAAUGAGUAUCCACUCAUCAUAUCUUUCUGUGAGCGGAUUUCCCCCUGGGAUUUUGAGAAACAGUCCUUGAAUUACACUCAGAAAUCACUGCAAGAUCUUUAUACUCAAAUGGAGCAGAAUCCCAGAAUCUGUGAGAGAAUCCUGCGCAAGAGGAAGCAGGUGGAGAAUGAGGACGCUGGAUUGGUGCAAUAUCUGAAGGCCAAGUUCUUUACUGUACUUCAGGGAGACAUGAAUUAUAGCAACUUGAUGGAGGAAAUGGAGAUGGGAGAAAAGGUGGAACAAUUAAAACGUGAGAUGCAGAAGGCCAGUGACUAUGCUUACUCUGCCAAAAGCAUGCCAUGGCAGCAGCUGGAGAGAAGGACUAGGAAGAACACUCUUUUGGGAGGAUUCAGCCCCAGCCAGACCAGUCUUGCUGACCCACACCUUGCAACUAUGCCCAGAAUCUUUGGUUCUUUUCCAAAGCAGGUGGAGAGAUCCUCGGAUUCCAGCAUGGACUUGAAGCAGCUCUGGGCUGGAAUGUCUUCGGUCAAUCAGAAGAGCAUGGUUGACCUGCGGCCCUUAAUACUGAAUCCUGGCGGCUUCCGUCCCACGUACCUUGGUAGCAACUCCUUCUGUAGACUGAAAUACUCCAGCUUUCCAAGGACUCCUGUCAACAGCCCUACGUCAUCUUCCCAGAGUGCUGGCCCAUCCAACAGUGGCUCAGUUUUCAAUACUCCUAUACUGGCCAAGUUCAGAGACAACAAAGAUGAUGAGAAGGAUAAUGAAAACCUGGGCCCUGGUUCUAACUAUAAGGAGCCCUAAAUGACUUUUCACGCAUGGGAAGAUCCUAAGUUAAUUAAAGGUCACUGCAUAUUCACAAAA